CACUCUAGCUUCCUCGGUCGCUGCUCUGGGAGGCCGGAAGCGGAAAUAGCGGAAACCACCGGCAGGGCCAGUUGGUACCCGGAAGCCACCGGGACGAUGGCGGCUGGUUGGAGUUUGAGCCGCUCGGAACGGAAAGCGGCGGCUCGUGCCGAGUUCCUCCGGCAGGAAGAGCAGCGGGAGCGACGGAGACAGGUGUCGCGGAUCCUGCGUAAACCGGCGGCCGAGCGGAGCCCCGACGAGGCUGCGCUGCUCUCCGGCUGUCAGGAGAUCGUUCGGGAUCUGGAGCGACUUGGCAAGAAGCGCGAGAGGCUGCGGCGGCGGCUGGAGGAGGUUUGUGAUGAACCUGAAGAGUUGAAAAGAAAAGUCAGUAAGCUCUCUGCAGCUGUGCAGGGAGCAAAGCAUCUCAUCAUUUACACAGGAGCUGGCAUCAGUACGGCAGCCUCAAUUCCUGACUACAGAGGCCCUAAUGGGGUGUGGACAAUGCUGCAGAAAGGCAGGAGUAUCAGGGCUGUGGAUCUGAGUGAGGCAGAGCCCACACUCACCCACAUGAGCAUCGCCUGUUUGCACAACCACAAACUGGUAAAGCAUGUGGUGUCACAAAACUGUGAUGGGCUCCACUUGCGCAGUGGGCUCCCUCGAGAAGCCCUAUCUGAGCUGCAUGGAAACAUGUAUAUAGAGGUUUGCACAUCCUGCACACCCAAUCGUGAAUACGUGCGAGUGUUUGACGUGACGGAGCGCACAGCCUUGCACAGGCACCAUACCGGCAGAGUGUGCCACAAAUGUGGGGCACAACUAAGAGAUACAAUUGUACACUUUGGGGAGAAGGGCAUCUUGCAGCAGCCCUUGAACUGGGAGGCAGCAAUAGAGGCUGCAAGCAAAGCAGAUGUGAUCCUGUGCUUGGGAUCUAGCUUGAAGGUUUUGAAGAAGUAUCCACAUUUGUGGUGCAUGAGCAAACCACCCAGACACCGCCCUAAACUCUACAUUGUAAAUCUCCAGUGGACACCAAAAGAUGAUCUGGCAGCCCUGAAACUUCAUGGGAAAUGUGAUGAUGUGAUGAAGCUAUUGAUGGAUGAGCUGGGGCUUCCCAUCCCUUGCUAUGACAGAACAAAGGACCCCAUUUUCUCUUUGGCUGUUCCUCUGCAACCUGAAGAAGAAGGCAGUCAUAGCAGAAGAGCUGUGGCUCCACCAGUAGGUCUUCAUGAAGUGCAGCUGGGAGAGCAACAGCAGACACCCGUGGGACCCCUUUCUGGCGGCUGGUUUGGCAGGGGCUGUGCAAAAGGCACCAAGAAAAGAAAAGUGUCUUGAUAAUGGCAUUAUAAGGGUGUGGUUUUUUUAACCUUGAGGACCAACUGAAGUUGCUAAAAUCAGGACAAGACCUUACACCUGCACUGGAUUUGACCAGAAUUGCUGGGCUAACUGGAAAAACACAGCUGCUAUUUUCAUAAACGUUUUGUACAACUACUCAGUUUGUAAACAGAGGCUGAAGCCUAGCUUGGUUUCUGCUAUGGCUGAGGAGAGGUUGGUGUUUAAUACUCAGGGCUGUCAAUUAUUAAAUAUUAUUAAUAAAAUAAAACAAUAAAAGGUAA